UUGUAGCAAUCGGCUUUUUCUCGUAUAUAUCACAUUGCAAAGAACUGGUAAUAGCCGCCUGGCCUUUAAAGAAUACUGCCAUUCCUGUUUCAAAAGGACCGUGUUCGUUUGCAAGUGGUGUUUCAAAAGUGAAUGUAUUUCGAACAUAGAAAAAGAAGGUGAAAUCUCAGAGGUGAAGAUGAAGCAGAUAUUGCAGUCGCAAUUUUUAUCUAUUUCUGAUACAUUAUGCGAGAUAGUGAAAGGACUCAACGAAUGUCAAAUCGCUUCUACCUUUGAAUGCAUUGUAAGCAGAUUGUGCAGUAGUUUCGACAGCGUUGUUAUACCGCCAAUGACAGCCAUAAAGAAAAGUUUGGAUCUUUUAGUCGAAGAGCAAAGACUUACCUUUAUUAAUGGUUUGUACAAUUACGUCGUUCCUUUAAAGCUUAGAAAAGAGUUGCCAACUCUUAAACCACUUCCUCAGGAUAAAGAGCCACAGGACCCCCCCACAAGUGCUUAUUCUUCAAAGAAGAGAGCGACGGAAGAGAAACGUUACACCCCAUCAAGAGAAUAUUCAUCGAAAAGACAGAAUUUAAGAAAUCAAAACGGGAAGGAAAAGGAGAGAGCAUUGAAAACAAAAAAAAUGAAUUAUGCAGAAAAGUGUACAGGAAAAAGAGAAGCAAGAUUAGAUAACAAUCGAAGUUUUUCAGGAAAAACUACUAGGAAUGGUAGAAGGAAUGAAGUUGUAAAGUCAAAUAGUUUAAAAAUUCGCAGACCAAAUCACUGCAUACCUCGUAGACAGUAUUCCUACGAGGAGUUACCUUCACAUGCAGUACAGGAUGAAACGGAAGUAAAAAAGCCAAAUAAGAAACGUAAUUCUUUUAUUGGUAAACUUUCCCGCCUGUUUAAGACAGAGGAUGGGAAACUAACAAGCAAUGAUGAAACCGAAGAUAAUUUUGACCAUAAUAUUAGUCAUAAAGAAUGGGAUAAAAUUACGACCAAUGAACAAGCGAAAUUGCUUUCCAGCAAAGUAGAAAUGAAGCAACAAAAUGCAUUUGUAAAAGAGAGCAAGAAUGGAGUGAAAGUCAAAAGAAAGAAGGAGAGAGAUAUUACUAGUGGCAAACCUUUGGACAAGAAAAGAUAUUCCGAGAGUUCGGCGAAACUAACGGCGAAACACAAGAAUACCAAUGUCAAUGAAGACGAAAGCCGUCUCCAAGGAUGCAGUAGGAAAUGUUCCUCACGAUCAAGUAAAACGUCUAACAACGCAAGCUCACAAUCACGCUCUCCUGAUUGGUUAAACGCAAACUUUUCGCGCGAUAAUCAAAGUACCGUAGUCGUAGAGCAAAAUACAAAAUGCAAGCCUUCUCAGAGCAACGAGCACGAAGCGAGGAGGACAAAAAAGCAACAAACGCCACCUAGGAAGGGUUCCAUAUCAUCUUUUUCAGACUCAAACUAUUCUUUCGAAAGUGAUUCAGACUAUUCUUUGAGUUCAGAUAGCAGCGUUGAUUUGAAAAGAAAAUCAUUUCAUUAUUCUGAAGAAGACACGACGGAUGACGAAUCACACCUAGGAACCUGGGAAGACUGCUCCUCGAAAUUCAGUUCAACUCGAGCAAUUUGCGGAGACCUGGAAAUGAAUACUCUCUCAAUAAACCAAAGCGAUAAAUCUUCAUCUUCAUCGGACUCAACAAAAUGCGUUGAAAAACAUUCAGUAACAACAGCAUUGAACGGAAAUAAAACUUCAGACCAUAAUAUUCGCCCGCAACAAAAUAACUUAAAUGGCGGUAAUCUUGUCCAAUUCAUUGGAAUUUUGUGAUUACAUUGUGUUUCAAUAAAUAUAUUUAUUACGAAUAACUGUUGUACAUGUCAGUUUGUUUUCAAAAAUGACAAUUACGUGUAUACGCAACCCUACGGCUACAGAUGAUAAGGUCAUUACUACGAUAUUUCUCACAUCUCAUGGACGGGUCUCCGGAGAUCUUGCAUGUUUUUUGCAUGAGUAGGACUUU